AGUGGCAGGGGGACCGGAAGUGGAGGCGCUGCUGCUUGGUGCUGGGGCCCGAGGAGGGGACGCGCGCCGGAACGGGGCCGCCGGGACCAAGGGAGCGACAGACGCGCCACCCGCCGACGCCGCAGCCGCUGGGGGCCCGUACGGACCCUCUGCCUCUGUGUAGAAUGAGCCAAGGAGACUCCAACCCAGCAGCUAUUCCACAUGCAGCGGAAGAUAUUCAAGGAGAUGACAGGUGGAUGUCUCAGCAUAAUAGGUUUGUUCUGGACUGUAAAGACAAAGAGCCGGACGUGCUGUUUGUGGGAGAUUCCAUGGUACAGUUGAUGCAGCAGUAUGAGAUAUGGAGAGAGCUGUUUUCCCCACUUCACGCACUUAAUUUUGGAAUUGGGGGAGACACAACACGACAUGUUUUAUGGAGACUAAAGAAUGGAGAACUGGAGAACAUUAAACCUAAGGUCAUUGUUGUCUGGGUAGGAACAAACAACCAUGAAAAUACAGCAGAAGAAGUAGCAGGUGGAAUCGAGGCUAUUGUACAACUUAUAAAUACAAGGCAGCCACAGGCCAAAGUCAUUGUGCUGGGUCUGUUACCUCGAGGUGAGAAGCCCAACCCUUUAAGACAAAAGAAUGCCAAGGUGAACCAGCUUCUCAAGGUUUCCCUGCCGAAGCUUGCCAAUGUGCAGCUCCUGGAUACAGAUGGGGGCUUCGUGCACUCGGACGGUGCCAUCUCCUGCCACGACAUGUUUGAUUUUCUUCAUCUCACGGGAGGGGGCUAUGCAAAGAUCUGCAAACCCCUCCAUGAACUGAUCAUGCAGUUGCUGGAGGAGACACCGGAGGAGAAGCAAACCACCAUUGCUUGACUGGCCAUCAGUGUUACCAGCAUCCCAGCUUCCUCAGAUCAGUUACACCACUGGCACUACAGAAUCCUUUCUUAAGGCACUUUGCAUUGUACAAUGUUCCUGGAUGCUUGUAUCUAAUGUUUGAAGGGGAGGAGGAGGGAUUUAAACUGGUCCUGUAUAUAAAAGUUGGUUUGGCACAGGAGAAAAAUUAGCCAAGGAAAAUUCAUUUGAAACCAGAGGGGACUUUUUAGUUGUAUAUGACACCUUUGUCGAAUCAUCACUGUUUUUCCUAGGACAACAUCAAGCACGAGUACAACAUGAAGAUUCUUUUCUUGGCCCUUUUUUCUAUGGAUUAUGUCUUAUGUGAUAAUUAUCACAUCUACUUGGCUUUAAACUUAUUUUUGGUCCAGUUGUAAGGUUCAUGAGUUAGUGUGUUGUGUUGUUUUGUUUGAUUCAUGUAUCCUCAGUAUUUUUAUAUAACAUAUAGCAUCAGAUUAAACAUGCUUGUCAUUCAAAUGCGGAAGAUGCUAUAGUUACAAGUGAGUCUGUUCCUCUCAAUCUAGCAGUGAAAACAAGUUCUGGGGACUGGGGGGGUAUUAUUUGUAUGCUGCUGAAUAUCAUGUCUAUAAUAGACCCAUGCAUGCAGCCUUUCCUCUGCUUCCCCUUCAUCUCUUUGCAAAUGGGUUAUUUCCAUUGCAAGCUUUUAACUCAUUGUUGAUCUAGGAGUUGCAUUGCUGUCAGGAUGAUCUUACUGAUGUGUAACUCAUUCUGUGUGGUGUUCUGUGAUGUAGGGUCUGUGUGGUGUUACUCACCCAGAGUUCUGGUUGUCACCCCCUCCUCCCCAACUUGUUAUGGUUUGCUUUGUUUUGAGCAUUUGUGGUAGGGGUCAGAAUUGUUUCCCAUUCCAUAAUGCCUGAUGUUAUUUUAAGUUUUAUAUUAUCUUAAGGUGUAUAUGUUUGUUUUCAUUUUAUAUAUAUAGAGAGAUAGAUAUAUAUAUAUUUUACAGUACUGGAAUCAAACCCAGGGCCUACCACAUACUAAGCAAGUGCUCUGCCACUGAAGUAAUCCCUAGGCUUGUUUGUUUUUUAAUUGGUUUAAUUCUUAAAUUCUAUCAGUAAAAAAAAAAAUUGGCUGUUUAAAUGGGAAACAAGCUGCUCUUCGUAAUAGAUGUGCUAUCUUUUUUUGUUUUUUGAAGGCAGAGUUUCUCUGUAUAGUCCUGGCUGUCCUGGAACUCUCUGUUUACCAGGCUGUCCUCAAACUCAGAGAUCAGCCUGCCCCUGUUUCCCCAAUGCUAGGAUCAAAGGCAUGCCCCACCAUGUCCCACUUUGGAUGUGCUAGCUUUAUUCCACCAUUUUAGUAAAGAUGAACUAGGUUCAUUUUUUUAGUUUUUGAGACAGGGUCUUGCUGUGUAGUUCUGGGUAGCCUGGAACUUGCUAUGUAGACCAGACUGACCUUGCACUCCCAGAGAUCUGCCUGCCCCUGCUUCCUGAGGACUGAGAUUAAAGGCAUACACCACCAUGCAGGUGUCUCAUUUAACUUUGAAGGUUCCUUAUGUAAUGUGUGUUCAUUGAGAUUUCAAGAGAGCUCUUUACAGUCCUACUGGUUUGCUCUUGAGCUACACAAACUGCCACUUGGGAGAACAGUAGAUUUUUGGUUGUCCAAUAUGUCUAUGGACCCUUUACAAACUGGAUCUACAAACAUUUUAAACUGGACCAGGUUGGGGAUUGAAGUAACCCAUUAAAUGUGCUCUGUCAUGAUUCUACUUAAUGGUUACAUUCAGUAGCUACGAUCUAGGCUUUAUGUUCUGCUUUCAACGCAGCUAUCAGGGCUGGUUUGUGCUGAGACCUGCACCUGACUGAGAAGGAUUAGAAGUUGGGAUGGCGUUUUUUCCUGGCGAGCCUCUUUGUAGGAGUUUAUUUUAAUGCAUAGUCUUGUGAAUAUAUCAUGUCUUCAUUAGCAACAGGAAAAUACACAUGGUGUUUACUAAAAUUGUUUACUACAUUCAAAUUCCCUUUUAUUUUUUUAGUAGCCCAAGCUCUUGAGUUUUUCAAGACAUUGUUUUCUGAACUGAGGUAUAAUUUUAGGAAGGAGAUCUAAUUAAGCCAGAAUUUUGUGUGUAAAAAGAACAUUUUCUAUCCUGGUGUUUCUGUGUUCCUCGGGGAGAGAGAGUAGGAGUAUGGUCCAAAUGAACCCAUUAGGUCACUCCUGCAGCAUGCGCUUGUAGUUUCUCUCUUGACCAAGGAUGAACUAGUCCUAUGAGCUGGCCUUCAGCUCCUGCAUAUGUGUAUAAACCCCAGAUGUUACUACAUUUUAUAUCUACCAGAGCUAUUCAAGCAAUAGUAUUUGAACCACUAGCCUUUUAAAUAAAACUCUGCCCUAUUGCUAAUGUGCAGCUACCGAGUCCACUGUCAUUUCUUGCCAGGUUUAUUUGUGCUGUUUUAGGGGAACAGUGUUCAUUGCUUUUUCUUUGGUUUACAUCCCAGAUUGCUUAGUCUUUGUAAUUUUUUUUUUUUUAAGAUAUGAACUGAAUGCAGUGUCCACAUGAAAUGUCCUAGUUUGUCACUGUGAUUAAGGGACCAGACAGCUAGCACAGAUAAUACUUUGUUCUCUCUUUUUGGUAGGUGGGCUGGUGGUUUUCUUAGGCAGAGUCUACAUGUACCCUGGCUGCCCUAGGAUGUUUGGUGAUCCUCCUGUCUCUCUCUCCAGCCCUGGAUUACAGGCCUCCUCCACCAUUCCUGGCUUGUUCUGUUCCUUUCCUAACGUUUUUCUUCCCUUUGAGACAGGGUCUCACUAUAGUACAGCCUGGCUUUCAACUUACCAUGUAGCUGUAAGAUGCCCUUGAACUCAGUCUUUCUGCAAGCUCUACCGUCCAGGUGCUAGGAGUUGCGUCUAAUGUGGCGGGUUGGAGAUGCCCUGCCACGGGUAUCAUCUGUUGCAAGUGGCUUGGCUGCCCUUGCAUUGUAGAUUAUGUUGGCAGUGCUCUGGCCACAAUGUCAGGGCUGGUAGGACUGUUGAGGACCUUUGUCUAAUCCUGAGUCUUCUGUCAAAAUUCUCCACCCAGCAAAGUAAGUUUUGAGUAGCUCAUGCCCUGUCCUUGAGAAUUGUAACUCUCAUUGUUAAAAAAGUCCCAAAUUUCUGUUUGCGUUUUUUCAACCUAACCACUUCCAGUUGUAUGCUAAUGCCUGAAACCUGUUUGUGCUGAGGUGUGUGAGCAGUGCCAGCUUUAUAUUUAUUACAGUGGUGAGGGAAGUAGACACGGAAGGGAGCAUGGCCAGCUCCUGACCCUUGAGUGGUGUGGGUGGGAGCAGAGUUGGGGCCUGCCUGUAAUCUUCCUCUCCAGGACCACUGCAGCAGGCUGACUGAACCUCCCCAGGGAAGCUCGUGACUGUGUUUUGGUAAAGGCUUCUUGACUAGAAUCCAUUCUGUUCAGUGCUUAUUUAAUAUAAAAGUCAACAUUUCACUGCGAACUUA